AUGUCUGCCGAAAAGUUGAUAAGCAAAGGAGGGGAUUUGCCUGCUCCUCUGGUGGCUAGUCGGGCGAAGCCUUCCCGGCCUUGGCGUCGUCUAUUGGUGUUCACAGUAGCUUGCGGUUACGCACUCUUAUCCGCGACGCGCCGGGAGAUCUUUCCAUUGAAGCACUGCUGCGACGAAGACUUGUGUUUCCAAGCAAAUGAACUCACUCCAGAUAAGCAUGGUGAUCUAUGGGCAGACAUAGGAUCCACCAUUAGCACAGACGCAUUCAAGACCAAGGCAAUUGACUGGUUAGCAGGAGCUGUCCGCGUCCCUACGGAGUCGUACGAUAAGAUGGACCCCGUUGGCGUCGAUCCACGCUGGGAGGCCUUUGCACCUUUCCACAGUUAUCUACUUUCUGCUUUCCCUUUGGUUCACUCUACGCUUGCCCUGACGAAAGUCAAUACAUACGGAUUGUGGUACGAAUGGGUGGGUUCUGACGCGUCAUUGAAACCGCUUUUACUUGCUGCGCAUCAAGAUGUUGUCCCCGUGGAUCCAACCACUGUCGAUCAAUGGGAGCAUCCUCCAUACUCUGGUUUUUUUGAUGGUCAACGGGUUUGGGGCCGAGGCAGUAGCGACGAUAAGAGUGGGCUGAUCGGUAUCUUGUCCACAAUCGAAACCCUCCUUGCGAAGGGGUUCAAACCCACCCGUACGGUAGUGCUCGCAUUUGGUUUUGAUGAAGAGGCUAGCGGAGUUCACGGAGCCGGUCAUCUUGGUAAAGCUCUCACUGAGCAUUACGGUGAAGGCUCGAUCGCAAUGGUUGUAGAUGAAGGAGCUGGCUUUAUGGAGAACUUUGGCACCAUUUUCGCCACACCCGGAAUUGCCGAGAAAGGUUACUUGGAUGUCAGAGUUGACGUGACCUCCGCGGGCGGUCAUUCUUCGAUUCCACCUAAACAUACCAGCAUUGGUAUACUCGCUGCCUUACUGGUUGAAUACGAAUCGAAUCCGUACGACGUCCACAUCGACCCGCAUUCACCUAUUUUCGGCACUCUCUCUUGCUAUGCCGAGCACGCCAAGGAGCUUCCUUCCAACCUUCGUAAGGCAAUCAAGCAAGCACCUCACUCCAAGAAGGCCAUGCGUAGCCUGGAGAAAGUGAUUUUAGCGGACAAGAUCUAUAGAAGCCUCAUAGGCACCACUCAAGCUAUCACUUUGACUCAAGGGGGUGUCAAGUCCAAUGCCCUACCUGAGCAAGCUUGGGCGGUCGUGAACCAUCGUAUCGCAACAGAGAGCUCGGUCGCGGCCACGAUGAAGCAUGACACGCAGUUGCUCAAAUCUCUGUCAAAGAAAUUCAAUCUCACUUACACCAGCUUUGGGGCGAAAUUGUCUGAAAAGGACUCACCAUCUAGCGGGACGCUUACUCUCAGCGACGCAUGGGGUACCGCGUUGGAACCAGCGCCCAUAACUCCUACAGGGCGGGACGCAGCGCCGUAUGCCCUUCUCUCUGGGACCAUCAAGGCUACCUUCAACUCCCACCGAUCUCUCCAGGGCGACAACAUCGCCAUGAGCCCAGGCAUCAUGUCCGGAAACACAGGCGAAUAUUAUUGGAAGCUUUCUGACCACAUAUUCCGGUAUAAUCAUCACAAUCAAGGAAACAGCAGCAAUGUGCUUGGCGGCGUGCACACUGUAAACGAAUCUCUCGAUGUGGAUGCAUUCCUGGAGAUGAUUAGGUUCUUCACCACAUUGAUCCUCAACGCGGACGAGAGUGUUACACUAUAA